UAAGAUGGACGCUUUGGACGCGGGAGAAAUCCUUAGCCAUCUAAACCAUCUGGGGUAUCGCAACAUAACUGUGGUACAAUUGAAAGAAUUUCAAAAGGAUUUGAAGAAACUCAUCAGAUACGAUGCCAAACAGUGUGUUGAAAAUCGCAGCAGUGUAGAGCCAAGCGCUGCAGAAAGGAAUGUAUUUGAAAGAUUGCACACUGAGACAACGCUUAGCUACCAAGCUAAGCAUACAAGAACCAAACACAUAGAGCCAGCAGCACAUAUUAACAAGGAAAACUUAGUGCCAAUUUCUAAACCUAUUUCCUGUAAAAACGAUCCUAUAGUCAACAAAAUGUGGAUAAGACCAAAAAGCUGUCACUCUGUAAAACGAAGUGACCCUGUUGCGCUGUACCAUUCUUACCAGAACGAUUGGAGCAAAUUCAAACAGAAAUUACCGGGAGAAAACGAUCAUUCCGAAUUGCGUUGGAAAAUAAGGCACAAACUGUUAGGGGAAUAGUAGAC